AAGCAGAGACAGAUCAUAACAACCAUUUCUGAUGCUCGGAGUGAUACUAGCAACGACAACGAUGACCUACCAAACCUUCGGCUAAGUUAAGACUAAUGGAUCAUGGUGGUCAGUUUGGGAUGGAGGACAGUAAAAUGUCACAAGAGGUAGAGCUCUGUGAUAAUAUUGCAGUAUCCACUGUAAACCUAAAUAAGCUUGCACAAACACAGAGUAGUCUUGCCUCGGACAAUGAGAAUGUUGGCCAACAGGGUUCAAUACCAAAAGCCCCUUUUGACGGCAAAAACUAUGAGCAUGACAAACCUGACAAGGACAUCAGGACGGGACAACUGGAUGAAGACCAGGAUGAGGUGAUGAAGGAAGAAGAGGACAACUCAGAGGAGUCGAGUUUAAUUGGCUGCCAGUCUCCAGAAACUCCCAUGACGGAUUCCUCUUAUUCAGAAACAGGAAGUCUGCUGGAAACACCCUAUGCCCUCAGUCCUGGACCCAGUACAGAGCCUGCCUCUUUCCUCUCUCUCAUAGAAUGUCCAAACCAACAUAACCAGAGCAAAGAAUUGCAUUUAGAUUACAGCGAUUCAGAAUUAUCUAUAGCUAAAUCUGCAAGUUCAGAAAAAUAUCCAGAAAAUGUCCUGAACCGUAAUUUGACUCCUAAAAUUGGACCCAGUCCACAUGAAACGUUGCAAUGUGUUUCAUUUGAGGAUAGUCACUAUAGUGGCUCUGGUGAUCAGGAAACUCCUUCCUGUGCUGAAAUGGAAACUUCCAAACCAAGUUGUACUAAAGAGAUCAACAUGAAUCAAGAACCAUCACACCUCCUUGGGUUUCUGGAUCAGCUGUCGAAAAGGGGUGAUGAUACACAUCUCCCUUUUUACCUGCAUCAGAUUGCUGAGGCCUUUGUCUCUCAUGAAGACUAUCAAAGGGCAGUCUGGUGCAUACAACUUGAGAGACUCUACCACCAGAGACUACUGGAUAAUCUCAAUGCACUACAGAAACAAUGGGAGACUCAAUGUAACAUGACAUCUUCGUCCCCAACAGUCCAACAUCUGGACACUCUCAGGCAGAUUUGUCUAACACACAGCCGGCCAAAGGCAAGUGAUGCUGUGUGUGCUUCUCUGGAUCAUUUGGUAGUGCCUUCAUGCAGCUCAGACUGUCAAGCUAAAGUAACAAUGGAGCAAUUGAAGAGCGUGGAGGACUCCUCUGGGAGCUCUUUAUUGUCACCCUCUAUUGAUCUGGGGGGUAAAUUAGAUUCUUCUGAGGUCCCAGAGCAUGAUCGGGAAGACAGUAAAUCAGAAAGGAAGGAUGGUUUCCACCAAGUUCAGUCGAAUGAGGAAGGCCGUAAAGGAGAUGAGCUAGAGGGUGGGCCGGAAGGCACCAUGUCAGCUCAAGAAGAUGGGGGUCCCCCCUCAUGCGCCGAUGACAUGGACCAGUCCAAAACCGCAGAGCAGCAAGAAGGAGGUCUGAGUACAGCCCAAGAGCAGCAGGCAGAUACAGAGGAGCCUCGAGACAUAGAGGAGGCCACAGAGGCUCUGGAGAUGGACGAUGAGGAAGAAGGAGAGGAAGAAGGCCAGAAUGGAAAAGCUUUUACUUUUCGUCCAGAGAUACUUCCAGUGGAGACUGUUGUUAGUGCUGCAGCGGUGGAAAUCCGACCACAGGAAUCCAGAAAUGAGCUGGAAGAAACCCAGCUGAGCCCAGAAGAUGCACAGGACAUUAGUAAAGGCUGUCUGCCGUCUGAGAUGCCUGUUUCUGAAGAUGAUGCCCUGAAUCAGCCCUACCUGGAUGUUGGAAAAGAAGACGAAGAGGAAGAGGACUAUGAGGUUGACCAGGCGGAUCUAAUCCGAGCAGCUGCUGAAUUAGACGACCUGGCCAAAAUGAUCACUGUAGAAGAGUUGGCUCCUACUCCUGGUCUGGUGUCUAUUUUGAAAAAGAGAGCUGUGUAUAAUGCAAGUCCAACAGCUACAGGUCCAGAACUUCAGAGCAAUAAACUGCCAGCCCAACGACGAGUUCGCUUCAAAGUUCCCGAUGAUGGAUUUGACAAUGAGAUGGGUGGUGGAGACUCCUGCCUCCUCCUCUUCCUUUUAUGCCUGGUCACUGUAGUGAUCAGCAUUGGAGGUACAGCUCUCUACUGUGCACUGGGAGACGCGCACUCCUCGGUCUGUCAGGACUUUUCCAGAAAUGCAGACUUCUACUUUGGUCAGCUCCAACGUGGAAUAUCUCAAAUCCAACACUGGUUUACUCCAACCUCAUAGUCAGGCAUUUCUGCUGCACAUCAGGUAUGUCCACUCGACUUCACUUUAGGAUAUUUGUUUCUGCUUAAGUGGCAUAAAAUGUAAACAGAUUAUUCUGCAUUUAUAAAGAUCUGGCCAACAUUUACAUUGGCUAAACGUGAGAAUGAAAAAUGGGGUUUUUGAAGUCCAGAUUAAAAAAAGCAAAUUCGGCCAAUCUCUUUCAAAAACCUUGACACUGGACUCCAAACCCUAUAAAAUAUGGUAUGAAUGUAAAUAUUACAGUAAUGAAUUGUUAAAAGGGCAUGUAGAUGCUGUCUGCACAAACUGCACAAAUAGGAAGGAGCUGGCGCUGAAUGCUCAAAAGCAUUGUUUAUUACUGGGAUUGAAUUCCACAUGUAACAAUGUCUUUACACUAUUUAUUUGGAUGUUUACACAUUUUGUAAACCUUUUUUAAACUAAAGGCAUUUGUGUGUAGCCAGUUUAAAUGUAGUAAAAUAACUAAACAUUUGCCCAACAAAUUACUUAACCUUUGUGUAGCAUUUACCACAUGUAUAGGAACCAAAUUUUAAUGUACUCUUUUAAAAGAAUGUUUGCGUGACACUGGUACUUUUUUCAGUUUUGCGAUACCUCUAUAACUCUAAGUUUGUCACAGCAGUCUUAUUUUUUCAUUUGCAAUUUUCAAUACAAUAAUGCAUCUAGCAGUUAUUUUUAUUUAGUUUUUAGAUUGUUAUUUUUAACCUCAAACUACCCUGCAGCCCCACCAUGAGCUCUGACCCUGUGGUUAAGAAUCACUGCCCCAGACACCAUUUUAGACAGUUCAUACUAUGCAUUCUCAGUAUUACCCUUUAAAGGGUGGUAAGUUUUAAUAAAGAAACAUUCUUCAGAUCUGAGGAUUUUGCAGGGAUAACAGAUCCUUUAUUUCAUUUGCACCUUGUCUGGCUGGUUCAGACAUUUUUAACUCCUAAGUGUUAUCUUUUAAUUUUGUUAUUUAUUAUAGAGAUGUUUAAUUUUCAUUUUUCUGUUUAUUUCUGUCUUCUUCGUCAUGGUUUGAUAUACAAAUGAAUGAUUUAUUGUAGGUAAAAGGAUUAACAGAUUGUGUAAAAAUGUAAAUCAAAUUUCAUUCUCAGUGAAUGUUUCAAAAACUUUUGUCUUUUGUGUAAGAUAUCACUGAAUGAUUAUGUCAAUACUUUUAUUACUGGUGAGAAACUUUGUUUCUGUAAACUGCCUUUUUCUUGUAUUAAAUAAAACAUUUGACAGUGAACU